GUGGGAGUCGGAUCUCUGUGAGCGGUGAUAGCUAUGGAUGGUGGCAGUUUCACCUCGCAGUUGUACAGUGAAUCGGGAGGGUCGCAGGGCGUGGAAGUGUGUGAGGACAUGGACGCGCAUUUGAAAAGCAGCAGAUACCGGGCGAGCCUGUCGGCAGCGGCAUGGCAAUACGUGCCGGACUCUCAAUUGUCCGGUGACACACGAUCGCAGUUUGUGGCACGAUCCGCGGAUCCCAGGGCCGCUUACAUUGUGGGGUCGAUGGACUCAUCAUCGCCCUUUGCCCGGGGGACGUACCCGCCACAGUCGCAACCUUGCGACAUGCAGCCAUCCAUAGGUGGAACUGCCUUCCAUUCUCCGCAACCACACACUGGAAGGGGGGGAUCUUCAAGGACGGACGCGGGGGCGUGGGGGAGUAAUCCACAGCAGUCGUCGCAACCAUCAUCACACCGGCCGCAAUGUAUGUCGCCUUUAGCGCAGCCUGUUGUCAGCCGCGGCGUUGUGGGUGGUGGCGAGACCUUUGUGAAUGGCAGGUCAUCUCCGAUUGAUCAGGGCUACCGACAACAAACUCCAAUGGGGCCGGGUACCAUUCGGUACGACGAUGGAGGUGCAACUGCCCCUACGCCAGGUGGAGGUGAUCGCCAGUGGGGCAGCGGGAGCCGGGGAGUCCAUACACCACCAUCGGGUGAUUGCCGAUCAAGGGACGGUGAAAGACUGUCCUUUUCGCAUCCGACUGUAGGUGUGGACAGUGUUCCAAGUGAACGACAAGGGCGAAACGUGUCAAACACAGGUGGAACUCAAGACAUAAGUGCGAGAAGUCGGGAAUGCAGCGUGGAAGACGGCGGAAGUGGUCGACCGCCGAAAGAAGGUGGUGCUGGAGAGCGGCGAAAGGGGGGGAAGUCCACGGCGGCGCCGAAGAAGAACACCCUGUGGACUCUAGAGGAGCGAGUGUUGUUGGCGAAAAUCAGCAGCGAGGACGAUGCUCUCAUGGAUGAUGCAGAAGGAGCUCAUUCACUCAUGACAAGGGGCAGGCGUUACGAUUGGAUAUCGGACCGCAUGAAGGAGAACGGGUAUGCACGCACAUGAGAAGAUUGCCGAAAGAAAUGGACGGAGCUGCAAAAAAAGGUUCGGGAAAUAAGGGAUGCAUGCGAUGGAUCGGGCAAACAACCAUA